UAACAAGAGGCGCAGCUUGCUCUACAUAGUGACAGACCUGUAGCUCCCUUUGUUAGCUAAAUAAUUUUUGUUCUCCCCUCUUCCACUAGUCUUGCUUGCCUUUUAUGAGUUCUGCAGGUGCUGUUAUUUUUGUGGUUGAACCACUUCAAAGCAACCGAUGUUCUGUGGCAAACAGAAGAUGCAGUGGGCUCCAGUUUUCAUGUGCUUGCUUUAUGGCUUUUUGUUAAUUCAAGGACUCCUUCUGGGUGGAAAGGUUGACCACGAAGCCACUCUGAAUGCUAAAGAGCUCAUCCAAUACUGGAAAUACCCCUUUGAGGAGCAUGACAUUGUGACAAAAGAUGGCUAUAUACUUAACACAUUCAGAAUUCCACAUGGCCAAGUUAACAGCACGAGCACAGGUCCAAGGCCAGUAGUAUUUCUGCAGCAUGGCUUGCUUGUAGAUGCUGCUAACUGGUUCCAAAACCUUCCUCAUAACAGCCUAGCUUUCAUGCUAGCAGAUGCUGGCUAUGAUGUUUGGCUAGGAAACAGCCGAGGGAACAACUGGUCCAGACGACAUACCUCUCUUUCACCCAGAUCACAAGAAUUCUGGGAAUUCAGCUUUGAUCACAUGGCUAAAUACGACCUUCCAGCAUGCAUAGAUUUUGUUCUGCAGGAAACUGGGCAGCAACAACUGUAUUAUAUUGGCCAUUCACAAGGAACAACCAUUGCUUUUAUAGCUUUUUCUACCAAUCCUGAAUUGGCUGCAAAAAUCAAGAUAUAUUUUGCCUUGGCUCCUGUGGCCACAGUUAAAUAUGCUAGAACUCCUCUAGCAAAGCUCUCGUUACUUACGGAAACAGAAAUCAAGGUCCUGUUUGGAACUAAAGAAUUUUUGCCAAAAACUUAUUCCGGUUCUUCAGUUGCUGCAGGAUUUUGCAGCCAGAAUAUAUUGGCACCUCUUUGUGGCAACCUCCUGUUCAUAUUAUGUGGAUUUAAUGAGAAGAACCUAAAUAUGAGCCGUGCAGAUGUGUAUACAGCCCAUGUCUCAUCUGGGACAUCUGUACAGAAUAUGAUCCACUGGAAACAGAGCGUCCUUGAUGGUCAACUCCAAGCCUUUGAUUAUGGAAGGUUAGAAAACCAAAUUCAUUAUAAACAGGCUGAACCACCUGAAUACAAUAUAAGGGAUAUGAAUGUAUCAACUGCAGUUUGGAGUGGUGGAAAUGAUUGGAUUUCUGGCCCUAUGGACGUUGAUGUUUUAAUCCCCAAAAUCAAAAACCUCCUUUAUCACAAAGCUAUCGCUGAUUGGAAUCAUCUGGAUUUUGUGUAUGGUAUUGAUGCCCCUGAGCAAAUGUAUUAUGAAAUCAUUGAGAUGUUAAAUAAGACUCAUUAAGGACAUUUGUCCCUUGCAAUAGAGACGGGGGCCCUUUGUUUUCCUUGCUGGUCUGAUUUUAUAAAUAAAUAAAUAAAUGCUGAA